AUGGAUUUCCAGAGCUGGCUUGCUUUCCCAAUAGGAGUAUUUCUGUGCUGUGCUCUUCAGACAUCUGCCAUUCAACAACCUGCACCUCACAACUGCGCCAGCGAUAGUCAAAGCAUAUCCUUCAGCCACUCCUACAAGAUUGACCUGCCCACAUCCUCCCAGAUUAAGGUGGAGGCUGAUCCAUUACAGGAUGAAGACAACAGUGAGGUCCAGCUAGAUCCUGGAGAGGCUGAGGAAAAUGAAGAGCAGGAUAUCAUCUUUAGGCACAACAUCCAUGUGCACACACCCAAAGGGGACUGUGAAACUUUGACCCACAUUAAGGGUCUGCUUGAGAGGAUGGAGAAGCUGGAGAAAGAAGUGGCAGAGCUGAGAGAAGUUUGCGGCCCUCAGGAGUGCUGCAGGGGGAGCCAAGGUGUCUUGCAUUGCAGCGGCCAUGGGACUUUCCUCUAUGAGACUUGCAGCUGUAAGUGUGCCGAGGGCUGGGAGGGCAGUGACUGCUCCCACCCCACCUGCCCCGGCCACUGCCGUGGCCACGGGCGCUGCGACGGCGGGAAGUGUAUCUGUGAUGAGCCUUAUUUUGGUGAGGACUGCAGUCAGCAGCUCUGUCCUGAGAACUGCAGCGGCAAUGGGAUCUGUGACACAGCCAAAGGGAUCUGCCAGUGCUAUGAAGAAUUCAUUGGAGAGGACUGCAGCGAGAAACGAUGUCCCGGGGACUGCAGUGGCAAUGGGUUCUGUGACACAGGAGAGUGCUACUGCCACGAUGGCUUCUUUGGCCUUGACUGCUCCCAGGUGCUUGCUCCUCAGAACCUGCAGCUACUGAACUCCACAGAGAACUCUCUAACUGUCAGCUGGGAUCAAAUGAUUGAUGUGGAUAAUUACCUCAUUAGCUAUUAUCCAGUAGGGUAUGAGACGUUGGUGAAACAAGUCCAUGUGCCCAAAGAGCAGCUCAGCUAUGAGAUUGUGGGUCUCCACCCUGGCACUACGUAUAAUGUCACACUUCGUCAUGUGAAGAAGGGGAUUGCCAGUGAGCCCAAGUAUCUAGAAGCAAGUACAGACCUUUCUGCACUCAAUGCCAUCUGGGUGACAGAGGAGAUGGAGCACUCCCUGGAAGUGGAGUGGGAGAACCCACCAACAGAUGUGGAUUAUUACAAGGUGAAGUUCAGAUCCCUGGUGGGAAUGGACGAGAAGCAGAUCAUGGUGCCCAAAAGCAAUGACCCUAAGAGCAGACACAUCAUGACUGGCCUGAAACCUGGCACAGAAUAUGAAGUCACUGUCAUACCUGUGAAAGACAAUACAGAGGGGAAACCAUUCUCAGCGAGUGGCAGGACCGGACUUGAUAGCCCAACCAAUGUGGCAACUGACCGAGUGACAGAGGAUACAGCCACUGUCUUAUGGAAUAAAGUUGAGGCUCCCAUAGACAGGUACAUGGUGAGAUACACCUCAGCUGAUGGGGACAUCAAGGAAAUAGAGGUGGGGAGUGAAAAUGACAUCAUCACCUUACUGGAUCUGAAGCCAGGCAUGGAAUACAUCAUCCACAUCUGGGCAGAGAAGGGACUACAGCGGAGCAAGGAGGCAAGCACUAGAGCUGUGACAGAAAUCGACAGCCCAGCUCACCUAGUGACUGACCAAGUGACAGAGAACACAGCCACCAUCUCCUGGGACAAGGUCCAGGCUCUCAUAGAUAGGUAUGUGGUGAACUACACCUCUGUUGAUGGUGACACAGAGGAGAUGGAAGUGGGGAAGAAUGAGACUACCACGACUCUGAUGGGACUGAAACCUGGCGUUGAGUAUGUCAUCUACCUCUGGGCAGAGAAGGGAGCCUGGCAGAGCAAGAGCACCAGCACUGAGGCGGUGACAGAAAUGGACAGCCCAAAGAAUCUGGUAACUGACCAAGUGACAGAGAACUCAGCCACCAUCUCCUGGGACAGCGUCCAGGCUCCUAUAGACAGGUAUAUGGUCAGCUACGCUUCUGCUGAUGGGGACACCAAGGAAAUAGAAGUGGGGAAGAACAGGAGCAUUACCACCCUGACAGGACUGAAACCAGGCACGAAGUACACCAUCCAUCUCUGGGCAGAGCUGGGAAGCAAGCAGAGCAAGCGGGCAAGCACUGACAUGCUGACAGAGAUUGAUCCUCCCAAGAACCUCCAUGUAUCAGAUGUGACUCAUUCUACUGGCGUGGUUACCUGGACUCCUCCUAAGGCACAGAUUGAUGGCUACGCUCUGAGCUACCAGGGUCGAGAUGGUAUGAGCAAGGAAGUACAGCUGGGUCCUAGCGAACAACGGUUUGUGCUGGAAGGGCUGGAACAAGGAGUGAGGUAUGCCAUCUUUGUAAUGGCCUAUAAGGAAGAUCGCCAGAGCAGACAGACAGACAGUACCUUCUCAACAGUUAGCUUCCUCUACCCGUAUCCCGCGGACUGCAGCCAGACGCAGCAGAAUGGAAAUGCCUCCAGCGGCAUGUACACCAUUUACCUGAACGGGGAUGGCAGCAGGCCGAUGCGGGUGUACUGUGACAUGACCACUGAUGGAGGCGGGUGGAUAGUGUUUCAGAGGCGGAGCACUGGCGAGGUGGAUUUCUACAAACGCUGGAAAAAUUAUGUGGAAGGCUUUGGAGAUCCCACUGGGGAAUUUUGGCUUGGUCUUGACAAGCUGCACAAUCUCACAAGCAGCAGCGCCAUCCGCUAUGAGCUCCGGGUGGAUUUGUGGACAGACAGCGAAUCUGUCUAUGCUGUCUAUGACUUCUUCCAGGUUGCCUCGAGCAGGGACAGAUACAGGCUGUCGGUGGGGAAUUACACAGGCAAUGCUGGGGAUGCAAUGACCUACCACAAUGGCUGGAAGUUCACAACGUGGGACAGAGACAAUGAUGUGGCUCUCAGCAACUGUGCUCUGACACACCAUGGUGCGUGGUGGUACAAGAACUGCCACUUGGCCAACCUCAAUGGGAAAUAUGGGGAGAGCAAGCACAGCGAGGGGGUGAACUGGGAGCCAUGGAAAGGCCAUGAAUUCUCCAUCCCUUUUACUGAGAUGAAGAUCCGUCCUCAGUCUUCCAGUAAUGAGCCAAUCCUGGGGAGGAAGAAGAGGGCUCUAUCAGGGAAAAGGAAGACGGUCAGGGCUUAA